AUGAGAAGGUCGGGAAUUUCUUAUGGCGUCUUGUUAGCUGGGACUUUGCCGACUUGUGUCAAUCUCAGAACUAAACAUGUUGAUGUUCCCUCACUUUGCCCGAGUCACGUCGUCUUUGUACCUGAAACUAUCUCUCAUAUUCUCCUCUCUUGCUCCUUUGCUACUUCCUGUUGGAAUCAUAUGGGUCUUCCUGUUGGGCUCUCUCUUGACCUCUCCUUUGUUAGUUGGUUGGAUGGGCUCUUCCACUCUCUUGAUGCUGAUCGGGUCUGCUCACUUGUUAUGGUUGGGUGGUCCUUAUGGAAAGCACGAAAUUCAAUAGUUUGGAAGGACAAGGUUCUCACUGUUGCGAAUGUUCUUACUUCGGCUCGCAUUGCUCUUGAUCAUUGGCGUAAAGCUCAGGAUAACACCUCUCUAUCUUCAAUCUACUCUAGUAGCUUUGAUGAUGGAGCUGAGCUCUGGUCUAAACCUGUAACAAAUACAAUCAAGGUUAAUGUUGAUGCUGCGAUCUUUGCAAGUGAUAACCAAUAUGGCUAUGGUAUGGUUGCCAGGGAUGAUUCGGGUUCUCUCAUUGAAGCAAAAGCUCACUGUUUUCAUGGUGCUUUCGGACCUGCAGUGGUAGAAAUAAUGGGGAUCAAAGAGGCGUUGAGCUGGAUCAAGCGUCAAGGUUGGCAACAUGUUGAGCUCGAAUCUGGCAGUUUAGUCUCUAUCCAGGCGAUUCGCAAUCAUUCAUCCCUCUGUUCCAUCUUUGGGAAUUUGGCUCAAGACUGUCAUUCUCUUUUACUUUCUAUGCCUUUAAUAAAAAUUCGUUUUGUGAAACGAUCAGCAAACCGUCUAGCACAUGUUGUUGCUAGGAUGUCUCGGUCCUUAUCUGGUCGUAUUAUUUCUGUGUCUAAUGCUCCAGCUGCUGUUAUGAAUGUAUUGUAUUCAGAAUGUUAA